GUGGACGGUACUGGGAGAAGGAGUGGACUUUCAAUGUGGAUCUUGAUGUCGCUAAGACAAUUGCGAGCGCGGUUAUGUGGGUGAACAUCACUGAUAGCUGGACGUUGGACGAUGGGGAGAAGGAGGAGGCGGAAGUUGAGACUAAAUCAGAACGUGUUCCAGUCUACCUGGCCUCAUUAUUGAUUGGCCAACCCGCGGAGGUUCGAUCCCUGCGGACUCCCAUUUACACCGUCGUCGAGGGUGCUGGGGAGUUCCUUUCCUCGGAGCUCUGUGAUGCUCUUCGGCCGAUGGUGGUUUGGGUAUCGGCUAUUAAGAGGAUCCCGCCAGGGGUGACUGAGUGGUGA